UUUCAACUUUGUUAUAUUGAAAUUAAAAUACGAUAAAACAUUGAUGACUCUACUCUCCGUUUUUGUUGUUCUGAGAUUUUCAUGAGAUCGGGUUUCAGGGCGAGGUCCGGUCGUGUUUGGUUCAGCUUAUAAUCCAAAUGACUAGGAUAACAUGUUUUCCCACUUCUUCUUGAAUAUGUCCUUUUUUUUGUUUGAGAUUUAGAUUUAUCCCUUUAUUUAUAUUUACGGAAUCAUGAAAAUCCCAUGAUUUAGAUUUUUUUUUUUUUUGCUUUCAUUUCUGGGAGACCAACUAUAUUAAACAGACCCAUUUCACCACUGAAUCUAAAGUUUGGAACUUGGACACUUAAUUGUUAUGCUGAUGAUAGACUCAACUAUAGUAUUGGGGUUUGGUGGUGUCAACUGUCAACUAUAGUAUUAAAUUUCCGCUAUAUUUAUUGACAUAGUAUUUUGUUUUUGUUUUGAGUUGUGCUUCAGUCACAUUGAAAUCUAUGGUCUUUACUCCUUUGUCAUUUAUGAAGUACAGAGUGUGAGAUGGGCUAUUAGUUGGAAUUAAAGGCAAUGUAUUUGUACCUUUCACACAAACUUGCUUAUUGAUGGAAAUUCUAGUGGAACCAAGCUUAUGCUGGGCCAUCAUAUAGUCAAAACUGUGGAAAUGAAAAACUAUUGGUGUUCUAUAUGUUGCAUUUUACUGCAGGAUAGCCACCAGUGAAUCACUUUACCAAGAGGUUAACUUAUGGUUAGGUGCAGGUGGAGAUGUAUCAUCUGGGUCAUUUUUCUAUUGGAGUUUUUUGGACUUGGAAACUCCAUGCAAUUCUGUGUUGGGCCAACAUGGAGAAAUAUCAUAAAUUAGAAAUCUUGGAUGUUAUAUGCAAUGCACAGUACUAUGCUGUCUGUAUCAGUAAAUAUUCAAUUAAUCAUUGGUUACCUACGUUUUAUCUGUAUUUUUCCUGACAAAAAAAGGGUGCAUUUGGGUCUAUAUUGUGAGGGGACCUUGACUCAACAGACAGACUAGUUUCAGACUACACAUAGACUUUGAUUAAAUUAUAGAGUGAUACUAUUUCUAUUGCGCGGUUAUUAAAAUGGAGCCUCGAGUGAAGAGCAGAGAGCCUUUAGCUUGCAUCUUCUCAUAGUGCUCCAGACAUCAAUUGCCCUUUUGUUACAGAAUGGAUCUUUUAUUCCGUUAUUUGUAAACUUUUAUAAGAGGCAUACAAAAUCCAACCCCCUUAGCUGCAAGGAUGCUCAGCCAUCUGCCUUUUGGAAUGAUUGCAAAAACAUUCCUAGAUUGAAGGGUGAUAGGGGCCAACAUGUCAACCAUGACAUCUGUGAAACUUCCCUCCCAUUGCAUGUUCAGAAAUGCACCUCAGAACCGUUUCAACAGUGCUAUUAUCAAAUGCCCAUCCUCUCUUGGACCUGUAAAGAGUAUCUCCAAAGCAUUUGGCCUGAAAGCAUCCCCUUCUUUCAGAGUAUCUGCAAUGGCAGUAUACAAGAUCAAACUUGUAGGACCAGAUGGUGAAGAAAAUGAGUUUGAGGCCCCUGAUGAUGCUUACAUCCUAGAUUCAGCUGAGAAUGCAGGAGUUGAGCUGCCUUAUUCAUGCAGGGCUGGGGCUUGCUCUACCUGUGCUGGGAAGAUGGUGACAGGCUCAGUAGACCAAUCUGAUGGUUCAUUCCUUGAUGAAAAUCAAAUGAAGGAAGGUUUUGUGCUGACUUGUGUCGCGUACCCAACUGCAGACUGUGUGAUUCACACACACAAGGAAGGUGAUCUUUACUGAGUGGUUGUGAUUGUUAGAAUAGGUUUUUGGAAAUCUUAUUGUCUAAAAUGGUUAUGAUAACCGGAUGUUCAUGUAUCCCUUGGACCUCUGGAUCUUUGAGUGUUUGUCAUCUCUUUGUUGGAAUGCCAUUUAAUUUGAUUUUAGUAAUAAUAGCAUUGGAUACAUCAAUUUUUAA